AUGGUGCAGAAAUCUCUCAACGGCGGGGUGUACCCAACUCAAGCCGGGGAGAGGAAGCACAAAGUCGGCUUCGUCGGUCUGGAGCCCGGGGCUCCCGAAUCCAGCAGGGACGGGGCGCUGCUCAUCGCGGGCGCCGAGAGCACCAAGCGGAGCAGCAUCCUCUGCAGACCCAGGACCAGCAUCUCGGCCGGCAGACCGAGACCGAACAAGAAGAAUGCCAGCUAUCGGAAGCUGCAGAAUUUCCUCUACAACGCGCUGGAGAGACCGCGGGGAUGGGCGUUCGUCUAUCACGCUUACGUAUUCCUCCUGGUCUUCUCCUGUCUUAUACUCUCAGUCUUUGCCACCAUCAAAGAGUUCAAAAACAGCUCAGAGAGUGCCUUAUACAUCUUGGAAAUCGUGACCAUCGUGGUGUUUGGAGUGGAGUACAUUGUAAGGAUCUGGGCUGCAGGAUGCUGCUGCCGAUACAGAGGAUGGAGAGGGAGGCUGAAGUUUGCCAGAAAACCCUUUUGUGUCAUAGACAUCAUGGUGCUGAUCGCUUCAGUAUCGGUGCUGGCAGCUGGUUCUCAGGGCAAUGUCUUUGCCACCUCGGCCAUCAGGAGCUUGAGGUUCCUGCAGAUAUUACGCAUGCUGCGUAUGGACCGUCGCGGAGGCACCUGGAAGCUACUGGGAUCUGUAGUCUAUGCCCACAGCAAGGAGCUCAUCACUGCAUGGUACAUAGGCUUCCUGUGCCUCAUCCUGGCUUCAUUCCUGGUCUACUCUGUAGAAAAGGACUCAAAUAAUGAGUUUGACACUUACGCUGAUGCCCUUUGGUGGGGGCUGAUCACUCUCACCACCAUUGGCUAUGGUGACAAGGUUCCAAAGACCUGGAAUGGACGCCUAUUGGCUGCCACAUUCAGCAUGAUUGGAGUGGCCUUCUUUGCACUACCCGCUGGCAUCCUGGGCUCUGGCUUUGCCCUGAAGGUUCAGGAGCAACACAGGCAGAAACAUUUUGAGAAGAGACGCAACCCUGCAGCAAGCCUCAUCCAGGCUGCGUGGAGGUUUUAUGCUACCAACCUUUCCCGUACAGAUCUGUUAUACACUUGGGAGUUCUAUGAGCAGACGGUAGCUGUUCCAAUGUACAGACUUAUUCCACCGCUGAAUCAGCUAGACCUCCUAAGGAAUCUAAAGGGCAAAUCUUUCAGGAAGGAGUCUCACGCAGAAACCUCUCCCAGCCGCAAGGCCAGUUUGAAGGACAAGGUGUUCCCCAGUCCUUCCAAGACCCCUGUAGCCAAGGGGAGAACCCACUCCCCCGCGGCAGAAGACGGAGCCGAGGCCAGCCCCAGCAAGGUCACCAAGAGCUGGAACUAUACUGAGAAGAACCGCGGACCCAAGCACGCCAUCCGUGGACGAGGCAGCACCUCUCGGCAGAAUUCAGAGGUGCUGAUUGAAAUGCAGGACGAAGACUUUGGACUGAAGAGUUCUCCAGCAAUUGAAGGUUUAAUAAAGGCAAGCCUUCCUGGAGAGGACAUCGGUGAUGAUAAAAGUUGCCACUGCGAGUUUCUGACUCAAGAAUUGUCAACGGGCUUGAAAGUCACAAUCAGAGCAAUCUGCAUCAUGAAAUUCCUGGUGUCAAAGAGGAGGUUCAAAGAGAGCCUGCGGCCUUACGAUGUGAUGGAUGUGAUUGAGCAGUACUCUGCAGGUCACUUGGACAUGCUCUGUCGCAUUAAGAACCUGCAGUCGAGGAUAGAUAUGAUUGUGGGGCCCCCUCCCCCAUCAACACCUCGCCAUAAGAAGUCAACUGAAGGUCCUAGAGUUGACCAGAUAGUUGGUAAGGGUCCUAAUCCUGAAGGAGAUACUGUUGAUGACCACAGCAUGAUGGGCCGUUUGGUAAAAGUGGAGAAACAGGUGGUCUGCAUGGACAGAAAACUUGAUUUUCUAGUCAAUGUUUAUGUGCAACGUAUGGGCAUUCCUCGCUCCGAGACGGAGGCCUUUUUUAACUCCAAAGAGCCCUAUCCUGCCCCACCGUACCACAGCCCCGAAGUAAGCAAAGAAGAGAAGGACGAGAAACAGGAGGUUAAAGAAGAGAAGGAGGUGAAGACGUUCUCAGCCGUGGAAGUCCCAUGCUCGGAGGGCUCUCUGGAAAGGAAAGAUCCGUUACUGGGCCAGUCAGUGGCCGGGUCAGCGAGCACUGCCUCCGGGAGCAAUGGUCGCCCCUCCACAUCGUGGCAGCACCAGCUGCAGCACCCACUCAGCCAGCCUGCCUGGAACAGCAGCGUGGCCAACACCCCCUCACCUGUGGGGGGCGGUGGUGACCACUCAGCCACUCUGUUCCGCCUGCCGCCUCCGCCGGCGCCCGUCCACGACCGAUCCUCCUCCGGUCUGGGUGGCAGCGGCCGGGAGAGCGGCUCGCACAGCAGGAGGCGUCACAGGAGGCAGAGGUGCCAGCAGGAGGUGACAGUGGUCGAGAGCGACACCUCACUCUCCAUCCCGUCUGUUGAUCAUGAGGAGCUAGAGCGCUCCUUCAGCGGCUUCAGUAUCUCCCAGGCCAAGGAGGACUUCUUUGGUCCUUCUUUCUUCACAGGCCAGGGAGGGGGAGGUGGAGCAGGGACUGAUGCUGGGGUUGGACAGUCCCUCUGUGCAAGGGUCAGACCCUUCAUAGCCGAGGGCGAAUCAGACACAGACUCUGACCUCUACGCGCCCUCGCCUCUCUCCUUCACUGGUGAGGGAUCUUAUGGAGAGAGAGGAUGGCCAGGACUGAAAUAA